GCGUUUGACACAUCCGACAUCCGACAUCGGCAAUGGAAAGGGCUCAGGAGGAUCCAUGGAGUGACCGCGUGGGGGUCAGGGAGGUGGUGCAUCGCGUUCCAGGAAAGAACCCGGAUCCCCUCGCUACGUACCAACAGUACGUCGGCCUGGAAGAGUGGGAAAGCAUGAAGUCCAACCUCUCCAAGGAGGUGAUACCUAUGCGCCGCUACUACAUGAGCGACUACUGCCCCGAGGAGGUUCUCCAAUCCGCUGAGGUGCCGCUGCAGCUGCCGGAAGGUGAAGUGGAGCCCGUGCAGCCAAUCUGCGCCCGGCAGCGCCGCAGGUCUUCGCCCAAGGCGGAUGCAGUGCAGCUCUGGCUGGCGGCCAAGGAGCGUGCGCUCCAGUCGCCGCGGAAGCGUAUCGCCUUGCCGCAACAUGUGCCGAAAUCGCGGCCCACCAGAGCGGCUGGGCAGCUGAUUUGCUCGCCUAGGUCUGAGGAGGCGAUCGAGCCGGCGCUCAGGGUUCAGGUGAGCGAUGUCGACCCCCGGCACCUCACGGCCCGGAGGAGGGAAGCCUCUGGGCGCGGUCCUGUCAUCAAGGACAAGGAGCGGUCCCAGUAUCCCCCCGGCAAGUCCAUGAGGCCUUUGCGGAAGGCCAACGAGGAGAGUUUGCAAAAGCUGACCGAGGCUUUGGGCGAUCCCAGCCGGGUCAAUGCGAAACAGUCGCAUCCGUCGAGAUGCUUCACCAUCGUCCCGAAGACAAAUCUGAGGGUGGUUUGACAGGGCUGCGGUUUGAUCAAUCAGCAGGAUCACUUUCGUGACCGAAC